AUCAUUCAACAUGAUGCGGAGUCCUCUAAUCAAACUGAAUAUACAAGAAGGAAAACGGAUGAUCUACGAAAACGACAUGCUAUUCAAAGCAGACAGCAACCAAGGGAACUCAAGCUGAAAGAAGCACAGAUACGCAAGCAGUUUCGUCAAGCUGUUAAGACGCAAACGCGGCAGUUUAAAUUGUACCAAACCCAGCUGAUGCAGGCAGCACCAAAGGAAGAACACAAGGAGAUUGCAACGCAGUUGAAGGAGAAGCAAAAACACCGCAUCGCUUUGUUGACUUCUCAGUACGAAUACCAGAUUGAGAGUAUGGUGCAUGAAAAGACGGGAAAGCUAGAAUCCUGGCAAGAAGAAGAAGCUCGUCAGUUGAACGAACGACUCGCUAAGGAACUUGAUCAGCUCAAAGAAUAUCAAGCAAAGCAGCGAAUACAACUUGAGAAUACGAUAGAUAAGGUGCGUAUCACCGUCAUGCUAGCCUUUAUGAACUUAUAA